AUGAUGCGUGAACUAGCGAUCUGGCUCGGCUUGAAGAGCGACGCCUGCACUGGGGAGGUAAGCGGCUUUGCGUUGGGAGCAUUUCUUAAAGAGAGCAAAAUAAGGCGCCAUCCGUACGGAGCUGGAGAGGUGCCACCGGCUGUAAAGGGCGUGGCGUUCAUCGAAGGAGGGUCUGCCUUGGUUCUCAGCAAGCCGGAGCUCCGAGACGUCGCCCAAAUCAUAGCUUACACUGAAGUGUUCGUGGGCAGCGUCUCAAGCGGCAUGAUGCUGUGUAGCUCCGCCACGCGCCUUCAUGGCGGCCAUGGGGCGUCCCAGCCGAGGAGGCUCGGAGCAGUCGCUCUCGGGGCUUUUCUCAUCGCCUUGUCGCAUGCCGACCUCUUUGCGGUGCUGCGCAGCCCGCGAACGUCCCGAAGCCUGGUGGCUAGGCAUGCGGCCCAACCAACCUACAGAAAUCCCAUUGACUACAAGUACGAGUUGGCAGAUGAGCAGGAUGAUACACAGUCCCUGACUCGUGACGUGGUGGUCAACGACAUUCGAGAUCUUAACGAGCUCUUGAAGCUGCGAGACCCUAUUUGUCCGGAUGAGGAGAACGUCCUUCUGAUGGCCCUCACGCUGGACAACGGCACUCGCAUUGAGCGGCCCACGGCCGAGGACUUGCGAAUGCUCAAGCCUUCCAAGCUACGCCCCGUGGUCUUCCACUGGAGGGACGCGAGCAAAGAUCAGACAAACGCUCCGAAAGAAUACGACGAGAUCAUACAGAGACUGCUGAAUUCAGGGCCACAGGACUUCGAGGAGCUGGUGCGAGCCAACUGGAAGAUGUUCGAUCGAGGUUUCUACUUCCGGCUGUACAAUCUGCGGGAAGACUGUGAAGACCCGCAGCUCAAGCAGAAGAUGCAGAACCUGGAGACGUACACUCUUGAGCUGAUCCAGAAAGCUCAAGAACAGACUCGAAAGAAGCUGCCCGAGCAGGAUGCAGACGCCCAGGCCAUCCUGACUACAAUGCUAGAGGAGGAUGGACAGACGCUCCUUUGGCCGCCUCCGCCAGAGGCCUAUGCACGCUUGGCUGAGGAGAUCAGCAAGAGAGCAACAAGGUCCAAGUACGAGGAUGGCUGGUUCGAGUCGGUCACGACGGUCUGCGAGAACUUCGGAGCAAAGAUGCAGGCAAGACAAGAGAUGCAGAUGCUGGGCAUGUCGCAGAUCGUCAUGCAGCGGCUGGUCACCGAGUGGCUCCGACACGACAGCAUAUGGGAGGAGACUGCUGAAGGCAGAUUCCUUUUUCGGCUGAUGAGCAUCGCGCACGAGCAAUGGGAAACUCAGUUCAUGUACGAGCAGGACCCGGUAGAUCCCAUGAAGAUGCGAGAGGAGAUCAAGAUCAUCAGCGAGACCAAGGUGAUCCGCUUGCCCAUGGGUUCCAAGCUGCAAAUCUACGCGGCCAAGUACCUCCAGGGGCUUCUAGAGUUCAUCGACAAGACGAUCGACAAGAAGGGCGAGGUCGUGGAUGUCCAGGCGAACUGA